AUGUAUCGGAAGUUGUCUAAGUUAGAACACUCGGAAAUAAAACAACUUCUUACAGAAGCUAAUAUAGAUGUUGCAAAGCAUUACGCAACAAACAAAAAAGCACUCGCUGACUUCAUUAAAGACUAUAAUGGUGCAAUAAGUUAUGAUAGAAUUCAUGAGUUCAUAAAGCCGCAACGCGGCGAGGACGAAGUCCAUGCAAUAGCAUUUCCUUUAAAUGACGUUGCUAUUGACUUAUAUCAUAGACGUUCAGUACCUCAUGAAGUAAGAAGAGAGAUGUUUGACAUAACAAAUGCGAACGUUGGUCAUACUCGUAAAGCUCUUUCGCAUGAAGUAAGAAGAGAAAUGUUUGACAUAACAAAUGCGAACGUUGGUCAUACUCGUAAAGCUCUUUCGCAUGAUGUUCGUCAAGAGAUGUUUGACAUAACAAAUGCGAACGUUGGUGAAACAAGAAGAAGAGACGACACACUGAAACAACAGAGAAGAGAGAUGUUUAAAAGUGCUAUAGAACAAGUUCGCAAAGCUAACGAUGUCAUUCGUUCCAUUGACGACAAACCAAAAGAAG